GUUAGUGAAAGGAUUCUGCUACUUGGUAGCUUUUUUUUUAAUAGCUCGAAUGUUCCUCAAAUCUGACAGAAAUGUGAGCGUAACCAAAUUUCAGAUACACUCUUUCCUUCGAGUGUCAUUCCCCGGGCAGGAUGGCGGACUGCCGGUCGCGGCUGGACUUUUCCAUCUCGACGGAGCGGGACUGUCGCUGUUGUUGUUAUUGUAGCUUGCGCUGCUAGCCUCGGCUGGUUUUAGCUAACGCUGCUGUUUUCACUCCAGCAGAACCAAUGUCGAUUCAUUCUGCGGGGCAGCAAAACCGCGAAAACAAGGUAAAUCUAAGACGACUCGCGGGGUCCGAGGCAUGUCUGUGUAGCGCUUCUCAGGUCGUCGGAAUUUUAAUCCAGUAAACAUGUAAAAACCAGCUUCAGUGAACCAACUUGACUGUAAAUGCUUCGGGAUGGAGCAGCAGACAGCUGGUGAGAUGACUCCUGCUCCUUGCAGCACAUCUGCCUGAUUCGUACGUGUCUGAGAGGGGGGAACCAUGUCGUGCAAAGCCGCGACCAAGGACAAGAAGUCCAGCUUCAGCAAGAAGCUGUUCAGACGAGGCUCCGUGCGCUCCGUGGGCAGCUUCAUGAGCAGAGUCCUCCGGACGCUCACCGCGUUGUCACACUUUGGAUCCGAAGUACAGACGGAGGACGACAAAGAUGAUGGGGGAUUCUCCACGUUUAAAUCCGGGAGUAAGGAUGUCCCCAUGGAGGAUGGAGACCUGGGGGGCUUCCUGUGUGGAGAGAGGGUUCCUGGGGUCUCCGGGCUGAAGAACCACGGGAACACCUGCUUCAUGAAUGCCAUCCUGCAGUGCCUCAGCAACACCGAUCUCUUCGCUGAGUUCCUCGUCCUGGAGCAGUACAAAGGGGAUGAGACAGAUGAGGACAAACCAAAGACGAAUGGUGUGAAUUUUCAGAAGAAGGGUCCUCUAGCUAAAGGAGAAGUGACUGAGCAGCUGUCAGGACUGGUCCGGGCUUUGUGGACAUUCGAGUACACCCCCCAGCACAGCAGGGACUUUAAGAAUGCCGUGUCCAAAAAUGCUACACAGUUUAAAGGAAAUGCUCAGCACGACGCGCAAGAGUUCCUGCUGUGGCUGCUGGACAGAGUGCAUGAGGACCUCAACACCGUGAACCCCAACAGCAGGCCAGCCAUAAAGCCUCCCAUUGAAGAAGAUGACCAAAGCAUAGAGGGGCCCUCACCUCCUCUCUCAGCUGGGUCAUUUGUGCAAGAGCUGUUUCAGGCUCAGUACAGGUCUUCUCUCACCUGCCCACAUUGCCAAAAGCAGAGCAAUACGUUUGACCCCUUCCUUUGUAUCUCGUUACCUAUUCCGCUUCCACACACACGGCCCCUGUAUGUGACUGUGGUUUACCAGGGGAAGUAUUCUCACUGUAUGCGGAUUGGAGUUGCUGUCCCUUUGAAGAGCACCGUCUACCGCCUCAGAGAUGCCGUGUCACGUGAGACCAAGAUCCCGAUGGACCAGUUUGUUUUGACUGAAAUGUACUAUGACGGCUUCCAUCGCUCCUUUUGCGAUGACGACGACGAUCUGGACAUCAUUCAAGAGAGCGAUUCCAUCUUUGCCUUCGAGACACCAGAGACCUUCAAACUGGAAAACAUACGCACAAAAAGAGGAAGUCUGCUGGCAAACCUGAAUCAUAACAACUUGAAGUAUGGCGCCGAAAUCAGCAGGACUCCGUCUUUCAUGCAGGGCGCCAUGACGCCCGUAACGGCAUCGCCCAAUAAAAACCUGACACCGGAGAAAAUGAUCCUUUUGGUGUGUAACAGAGCAUGCACUGGCCACCAAGGGAAGAGGUUUGGCUUGCCUUUUGUACUGUACAUGGAGCGCACUGUGACCUGGGAUGCUCUGCAAAAAGAGAUCCUGGAGAAAAUGCGUCAUCUCCUGAGGCCUGGGGUCUACAUUCAGGUUGGACCUUUCAGCCUCCGUGUGGUUGGCGUUGUUGGCAUCACCUACCUCCUGCCUCAAGAUGAGCGACCACUGUGUCACCCCACUGUGGAAAGAGCUUACAAGUCCUGUGGACAGGGCGGCCCGCCUCAUGUGAAGAUCGUGGUGGAGUGGGACAAAGAGACCAAGGACUACCUGUUCGGACACACCGAGGAGGAGUAUAUUCCAGAUGCCGAGAGUGUGUAUCUGCACAGGGAGCAGCACCACCAGCCGCAGGCCUGCACGCUCGCUCAGUGCUUCCAGCUCUACACGAAAGAGGAGCAGUUGGCCCCAGACGACGCCUGGCGCUGUCCCCACUGCAAGCAGCUGCAGCAGGGCCGCAUCAAGCUCAGCCUGUGGACGCUGCCCGACGUGCUCAUCCUGCAUCUCAAGCGCUUCAGACAGGAGGGGGAUCGGCGGGUGAAGAUGCAGAACAUGGUGCGCUUCCCGCUGAUGGGGAUGGACAUGGCCCCUCAUGUGGUCAAGAGAAGCCAGAGCAGCUGGAGCCUGCCCUCCCACUGGUCUCCAUGGCGACGCUCCUACGGCCUGGGCAGAAACCCCGACGACUACCUGUACGACCUGUACGCCGUGUGCAAUCAUCACGGAAACAUGCACGGCGGCCAUUACACCGCUUACUGUAAAAACUCCAUCGACAGCCAGUGGUACUGCUUCGACGACAGCGAGGUCUCGCCGGUGGCUGACGACGACGUGUGUCAGCAGACGGCGUACAUCCUGUUCUACCAGCGGAGGACGGCGAUCCCGUCCUGGUCAGCGAAUAGCUCCGUGGCCGGCUCCACCAGUUCGUCUCUGUGCGACCACUGGAUCAACAGACUGCCGGGCAGCCGGCCCGCCAGCCUGGCCUCCGGGGCCUCGUCCCGACGCACCUCUCUGGCUUCGCUGGCGGAGUCCGUGGAGUUCCCCGGGGAGCGCAGCGAAGACGACGGAGGAUUCUCAGUCCGCCCGUUUGUGCGAAGCAUCCAGCGUCAGAGCCUGUCGUCCCGCUCCUCCAUCGCCAGCCCUCUCGCCUUCAGCGACAGCGGCAUCAGGCCUUCCUGGUCUCUCUCAGCCAAACUGCACAUGAGGUCCAACUCGCCGUCGCGCUUCUCCCUCGACUCCCGCUGCUCCCCUCCCCUGGAGAGGAUCGGGGAAGCCUGCGACGACAAGGUCUCCACGUCCUGCUUCGGCAGCUACAGUCGCCACGAGCGAUACUUCGGCAGCAGGACGCCGCUGUCCAUGAUGGAGGGCGGCUUCAGCGAGCAGGACAACAGUAAGAGGUUCCUGGACAUGAUGUACUGCAGGGCUCCCACGCCCGUGGAGAAGAAGAGCGCGAAGAACGAGCCGGUGGAAAACAACAACCAGAUCACAGCUGUAGACCAAAACACACUACCUACCCAAGGUACCCCCUCCAAAGAGCAAAAACGCAAGAGUAGCAUCGGAGGGUUCGGCCUGAAGGCGGAAAACAGCGGCUCCACAAAGAGUUCCAGCAAGGUGGAGCAGGAGAAAACCUCCAAAAAGCGUCUGUGCGCCACCCUGAAGGCCUCCUCCUCGGAAUCGUCUUCCAGCACCCCCGUGAAAGGCAAGAAGCUGAGCAAUACGAAGGAGAAGGGAGCAAACGCAAAGAAGGGCGGCUCGACGCCCGGCGGAACUCCCGUCAAGACCAAGGAGUCGAAUCCACCUCAAUCAGCAACGCCGCAACACAAGCCAUGCGUCCGCUCCACACCUCAGUCCUCAGCCUCCGCCUCUCCGGCCGCCAAGAAGCCCUCCGGCGCCGCGGAGAAGAGCGCUGCCGCCGCCGCCGCCGGGCGCAAGCGGCUGGUGGAGCGGAGCUGCAGCAGGGAUUCUAUGCACACCAGCCCUCUGGCGGACGGCCUCAGAGGAAGCGCCGCCGCCGCCCGAACGCCGCUCUCCAAAGGCGGCGAGAGCGGCCGCCUGGAGAGGAGGUCGGUGCGGAGCUCCAGCAGCAGCUCCUCCGUCACCAGCCUGCGGUCGCCCAGCGUGUCGGCCAGGGAGCCGCAGCGUGGCGGCAAGUCCGAGGAGAAAGGCCUGUCUUUCUUCAGGAGCGCCCUCCGGCAGAGGGAGAGCCGCCGGUCGGCGGAUUUGGGGAAGAGCGCCCUGCUCAAUAAGAAGGCCUCGGAGAGGACGUGCAAGCAGAACGGACAGGCCAAGGAGGCGGACGGCGGCCGGGAGCCGCCGGGAGACGCGGCGCCCGCGGAGACUCACGGAAGAGGCGAGACCAAGCCGGAGAAGAAGGAGUCUUCCAAAGCGCCCAGCGCUCUCAGCCGCACUCUGCUAGGAAAGUCCAAGUCUUCCGCUCCCGACGCGAGCUCCAAGUCCCCCUCCAACGGGAAGAAGCCUCUGGAGAGGAUGGCGUCUUCCCGAAAGCUGUCGUCAAGCAUGCAAUCUCCCGCACGCGCCGCACAGAGGCCUCAGUGAUCCCCGUGUCUCCGUCUUCUUCAGCUAACAUAAUGCAGCUAAUUUCUUUGUGCCUAAGUUUCAGUGAGCACCAGAAGUAUUUCAGACUCUGUUUUGACGGUACGGUUCUGUUGCUUUAGCGUUUGCCUGUGUGAGAAAAAAAACAAAUGAGUAAUUUUUAUUGAUCGGAAGAAAAUGUUCACUAACAGAGACUUCUAAUCCGAGCUGGCUGUUAUUUUAAAAUUGCAAGAAAACAAAACCGCACCGUCAAAUUCGGCGUCUGACAAAUACAGAAAUGGAACUGAUGUUUUCCGACACGCACACAGAUGUAAAAGAGUUUCAUUCCCAAAUAAUGGCGGCUGAGUUGGUUCCCAGUGAUCGCUUUGAGCCAAUCGGAUUGUUCCCUCGAAGAGUUUAUGUAUCGGCCAAUAAGGUUCUUCCAAAUGUUUUUUUUUUCUUUUCUUUUGUUUGUUCCAGUAGAAGCUGUGGAGGUCAGACAACACUACGCUACAUGUCCACAUUUCACUCGGUUUGUCUUAAGCACCUCAGACUGAUCAUUGUUAGAGGAACAUCUGUUCGUUCAGAAGGUCACGGACCAAAACACGCAGCAUGGCAGAGGUCGCUCCACAGACGCAGAGAGUUUCGAGUCUUUAUUUUUCUGAACGUUUUUGAUAGAAAUGUAUUUUAUUGAACGCCUUUUACUUUACGGGACGGUGUGUUUUGGAAUGAAACCCUUUAAAAUCAAAAUAUAUAAAUGUAUAUGCGUCUGUACAAAGACUGACAGAAAAUAUAUGGUAUACAACCUUUUUUUUUUUUUCUUUCCAUGAGCAAGAUGAAAAUAAUCUUAAGCGCCUUUCAAUGCUGUAGAUAGAUUGAAAUACUUGCCUUUGGCGACAUAGUAGUCUUCUACUGUAUGCAUCACUGAGUAGGAAUGUUGUUUGUUCGCACUUUGUAUAGAGGAAGUAGUUCGUAAUUAUUAUUCCAGACAUAUCGUCAAGUAGAGUUAACAGGCCUUAGACUUGAAAUGGUUAAAGGGUACAUUCAUCUCACUCUUUCAGGGGUCAUUUCACGUUCAGAUGUCACCCCGAGACUUCACACCUGGUGCUGUUUCAACCCACAAACAGUGUUUAUCACAGCCUGUGGUGCCUCACUGGACAAUUACUGCACCGACCCGAUCGGCUCGCCAACGUUACUCCCACCAGUCGGCUUGGGGUUCAUUGUGAAUGAGCAAAUGUGCUUCUGCCAUCGAAACGCUUUGGUUUUAAAGCCUGCGAGUUCCAGACGUGCAGCAUUCCCCGCAUUGUUCCUCUGUAGCAUCUUUCAGGUUUACAGCGGUUCUCAGAUGGUUUUAGAGGAUCUGCCACCCAAUCAAAACAGGCCCGGUUGUUAUUUCUGUGAUCUGUGGAGGCCGUUCAAAAGUGCUAAAUCAGACACCCAGUGAACAUCACAGAUAAAUAAAAAAGAAAAAAAAACCAAAUGUUUGUAUGUAAAAUAUAAAUUUUGUUCUGCCAUAAGUAGUUCAGUAAUUAUCUGAAUGAUUUUUGCUCCAAACCAGAGCUUCAAAUGAAACAUUUAAACGACAACCUAAAACUCCCAUCAUACAGCAGCUCUGCGGUCUUUACAUAUCUUCUUUCUGAAUAUUUGACCCAGAGGAAACCGCUCCACAGGCCAUAGAAAUAACGGACGACUGUUUCCACGUGGCGUUUUCCCAUAGCUGCUCUUUUCUACUUGACGUUUGAAUCUAUCAGGAACCCGUGCUCGGCACUUUGGCUCAAAGCAGGACGGUUUGAUGUCAAUUUGCCGUUUGCUGUCUGUCUUAGACGUGUGUUGUUGGGUUUGGACGUUCGUCGGCAUUUACACUUUCUCGUUUUGUCAUCUUCUUUCCAGAUAAAGAGUUUAUUGCAAUAUUAGUCGAUCGGUGUAGCCAAAAGCCAGAAAUGUGCUUUAAGAUGUGAUUCUUGGGAUUUUAUUUCUUUUUCUACCUGAGUGUAAACCAGGCUCCACAGACAAUCAGAGUCAUUACAUUGUGUUUGUUAUGAAAGUGGGGGGAGAAUCUGAGAUAAAUCCAUUUAUUUUCUGAACAAAACACUAAGAAUUCCAAUGUGAAGUUCAGUAUUUGUUCCCUCUUUGCCCUUGAUAGAUGCUGUUUGAAGUUAAUCAGUUAGCUUUUUCUUUUUGGGGGAAAAAAAGAGUGUUUAGUUUGACUGUCCGGGAGAGCAGAGGAGCGCUGCGCCCUUCAGCUGGAGUUCAUGUAAAUGCUGUUGAAACAAGAUGUCAAAUUCAGGGUAAGAAAAACGGACGAGGGGUCGAUUUUAGUUUUCCUCUUUAGCUUUCAUUGCUGCAGUUUUUUUUUUUUUUUUUUUUGGUGGAUUUGUUGUCGGUGUACAAAAAAAAAAAACAAGAACCCUGAGAAUUCCUUUGGAAUGCAGUAUUGCAUGGAACUGUUGAUGCAUGUCUUCAUUUCUUUUCUUAUUAACUAUGCAAGCAGCUGUGUACAGUUAGAGAGCAGAGCAUGGCUGGUUUACCCCGUCGCUUAAUUUGCACACCAUUCUCAAAAAUGUAAAAUACAGAAUAAUCCAUCUGUACAGCUGAAAUAGGUCAUCUUAAAAAUCUCAGAUAUAUAUAAAUAUAUAGAUAUAUUAACAAAAAAAAAAAAAAGAAUCUAUUUAAUGACAUACUUGCUUCCAGAAUUCCACAGUUUAACGUGUCUGUUUGUGGGUUUUUUUAUUUAAAAAUCUGGUUUCCUUGUGCUCUCCGGGUGCUGCGACCACUCUGGUGGCUCGUCGUCUUUGUCGUCGAAUAUUUACUGUCGUCCACCAGCAGAUGCAACACUAUGGAUGCGAUAACUCUCUGUGGUUACCAAGUAGACUCAUUAAUGUGUGUGUGUGUGUGUGUGUGUGUGUGUGUGGUGUUUGUGAUGAAUCCCCCCCCCCCUGCUAGUCGACCGCCAUGUUCUCAGCUGCAUCAAAAGAUGUGGCCAGUAUCUAAUAAUAGAAGAAGAAGAAAAAAAAAAAAGACUUAUGUAGCUAAAUGCAAUAAAGAAGAUGAAUUUAUAGUUUUUUAAGACAGUACUUAACGAUGUUAAAAAUUCAGUUGGUACUUUUUGUAUUCAUGCAGCAUUAAUGUUAAAAGUGUCAGUUUUAAUGUUGUUUUUGGUUGUUAAAGACGGUUUAAAGCAGUGGGUUUAAAACUUAAAUCACUUGAGCUGUUAAAAUGCUUCCAAGAUGAGAGAUUGUUACAUUGAGUUAUCUGUUUUGUUUUAUUAUUUUUUUUUUUUUUUGGAGGGAGGUGAAUCGUUAAAAUUGGACAUUUUUAAAGCCUGUCGAAGUACCUGUGGCGCCACAGUAACGACCGCUGAACUCACAUUGUCCUCAGAAGCAGAAAGAGGGACUUGUCUUUUUCCCUCCUUCUCCAGAUGUGAACACUACAAACGGAUGAGAGGUGGAGUUUUCGAAGCCUUAAUCAGAAUCGUAAAGGAUGCGAGUCUCUGGGUGAGACCGAAUGUCAGGAGUCGUAUUUAGCCUGGAAGCUGAACGCACCGCAUGUCUGUCCUUUUACUUCAUCUUUAACAUUUUGUACAAGCGUUUUUGUAAAA